AUGGCUGUUGCCGUUCCGCGGAUCACAGAUGACUUCCACGCACUCAAUGAUGUUGGCUGGUAUGCCUCGUCGUACCUACUCACGACUUGCUCCUUCCAAUUGCUGUACGGCAAGUUUUACACUCUCUUCCAAGUCAAAUGGGUCUAUCUGUCCGCCUUAUUUCUUUUCGAGCUGGGCUCCCUGAUCUGCGGUAUCGCGCCUAGCUCAACUACAUUGCUUGUUGGACGAGCCGUCGCGGGCCUGGGAAGUGCUGGUAUGUUUACCGGCGCGUUGGUGACUCUGGCGCACACGGUCGAGGUAGAAAAGCGCCCGAUUUUCUUCAGCAUGCUCGGAGGCAUGUACGGGAUCGCGUCAGUCGCUGUACCAUUGUUGGGCGGUGCCUUUACCGAUCACGCCACUUGGAGAUGGUGCUUCUAUAUAAACCUUCCUCUCGGCGCGGAGAGAAGCCAGAAGACCCCAAUGGACAUCUUCUUAGAUUUAGACCCGAUGGGAACCGUCAUCUUCGUCCCUGCCAUUGUUUGUCUGCUCCUUGCGCUCCAGUGGGGAGGAGUCACCUACGAAUGGUCCAACGGCCGAAUCAUAGCCUUGUUCGUGAUCUUUGGAUUGGCUGUUUUCGCAUUCAUCGCCCUCCAAGUCGUGCUUGGAAAUAAAGCGACUGUGCCCACCGAGAUUGCUCGUCAACGAACCAUUGCCUUUGCAUCUUUCUUCGGUCUUUGCAUUGGAGGCUCGUUCUUGAUCAUGAUCUAUUACAUUCCAACCUGGUUCCAAGCCAUUCGUGGCGUCACGGCCGUGCGCUCUGGUAUCGACUCCCUUCCCAUGAUCCUGUCCAAUGUCAUCGGCAUCAUCUUAUCUGGCGGACUGACAACCAAAUUCGGCUACAACGCACCAUUCUUCAUCGCCAGCAGCAUCAUCAUGUCAAUCGGAGCAGGACUCGUCACUAGGGCUCACUGA